AUGAAAUAUCUGCGUCUACCAUUUAUCGGCGCCGCCGCUCUCCUCAGCAUCGCCGCCACUGCGUCUGCAUCUGUCAAUUCGCGCCUUCUACCCAAUGAUGCAGGACAGUGUCCGUCGGGAUAUAUGAUUGUCGUUAAUACCAUCGCUGUCGAGGUGACGCUGACACCAUCUUCGACGGUUUCAACUACCACUACCCCGACUACGACUUCUACCACUACUACCACCACCACCACCACUGAGCCUGUUGCUCCGUUGUCGACGGUGACGGUUCAAUCCACCAAGACGAAGACGCUUACCCUUGUUGAUGUCUCGACUAGUAGUUCUGACGCUGCUGCUGCCACUACCACCACUGCUGCUAUUGCCGCCGUUCCUGCGGCUGACAAUGCAGCCAGCGAGCAGUCCACAACAACCUCGGAGAGGUCCCCUGCAGCUGAAACAACCACUGCCUCUUCAUCUUCUUCCUCGUCAAGCUCCUCCACCGGAGACAACACCGGCGAAGCCACAUACUACAGUGGCGAUGUCUCCAGCGGCACAUGCUCGUUCACGGGGUACACGCUGCCGAGCGGCAUCUUUGGCGCUGCGCUGUCGGUCGAUAGAUGGGAUGCCGCAGCGCAUUGCGGAGAGUGUAUCGUGGACCAAUGCCCCUCCUGCGCAGCAAACCACAUCGACCUAUUCAGCAACGCCUUCUCAACCCUCUCGGAGCUAGCAACAGGCGUAAUCGACAUAACCUGGUCGUUCACACCCUGCGACGUAUCCGGCCCACUAUCCCUGCACUCGAAAGACGGCUCAUCGGCCUACUGGUUCGCCAUGCAGGUUGUUAACGCCAAUGAGGCCGUCACGCGGUUGGAGGUUAGUACUGAUAACGGGGACUCGUGGGCGGACACCACGCGCACGUAUUAUAAUUUCUUUGAGAAAGAUGGUGGGUUUGGGACGGACACUGUUGAUGUGAGGGUUACGGGGGAGCUCGGGGAAGAAGGUGGUUGUUAA